AUGAAGUUUCGACGGAAUCCUUUACCUCAACAACUUGAGGAAGGUUUGUGCUUUCUUGCCGUAGGCCUUCUUCUGCCUAUUAUCUUUGUCUACGAGAUAAUCUAUUUGUUGCCAGCGAUUCAUGAAAAAGGGAGCUUCGCAUAUGUCUUUAAUCUGCUAAUGGGCAUUCUUCUGGUACUCAACAUAGAGGGCAACCUAAUUGCAUGCAUGAUCAUCGACACCAGUGUAGAUCCUGAUCGUGUGAAGGAAGCAACAAAUGGAAACAUUAAAGAUUGGAAGCAUUGCAAUCGCUGCGAUCGUUUGGCUCCUCCGAGAUCCUGGCACUGUAAUUUGUGUGGUGUCUGCAUCUUGAGACGUGAUCAUCACUGCAUGUUCUCUGGCUAUUGCAUUGGCCAUCAAAAUCAUAGAUAUUUCAUGUGUUUCUUGUUUCAUCUGAUGGUUGCAUCAAUCUAUUCCACCGUCUAUUAUUCGAUCUAUCUUUGGAGAAUUACUGGCUUUAAAUUCAUAUUUCUUAGCUUGAUAAGCAAUUUGUUGGAUUCGCUUGUAACGAUUUUCUAUGUCCUCAACUUAAUUUUAUUGGCUCUCGCAUUUGCUGCACUUUGGAAUUAUGUGCCCAUGAUGAUGGCAGGUGAAGUAUCUGGUGAGCAUAAGAAGAACCUAGAAAGUAAAUAUAAUUUCGGAUUGAAUCGAAAUUUGAGAACUGUGCUGGGAGAACGAAUGCAUGUGGUUUGGUUGUUUCCUACUAUCAAAAGCAAGCUGCCUGAAGAUGGUUACUCCUGGAACCCACAGUUAAAACAAGAUCAAUUGGGGGACUAAUUAUAAAAUAAGAUUUACAAACAUAACAGCAAUAAAGUAACAGAGAGCAUAUAUUUAUAAGAUAAUUGUAAACAAAUCAUAUAUGAGAUUCCUCUAGCC